AUGCAAGAGUGGCAGGAGCUAACUCUAGUCACCUGCGCCAUCGUCACUGCUGCCUCCGGCGUUAUCAACCCUGGAGAGAGACAACUGGGGCUUCUACCACUUGCCGGUUCCGCCGAAUCUCGUAUCCCAACGCGCUCCCUGGCCACCACAACUCCCACCGCCAUUGGGGCGGAAGCCUCAGCGUCCACUGAACCAAGAAGAAAUCCUGGCGAGGGAAGAAAACUUCUGGUUGAUCUUGCUACCAUUCACGCCCGCAGAGUAACUAUCCAGGAGAAGGAUAUGAAGUUCAUCCAGCGCAUCCGUGAGCACAUGAUUGGCCAUGCGCCUGGACCGAUGAUUUCUAAGUGGAUAGAGAGUGAUAAUAAUAUGGCAAUAGAGCAGUAG